AUGAUCCGAUGCCGCACAGAGUUUUGUUGGUUCAAGAGAGCAGGAUUGAUUUGUGAUCUCGCAAUGCCCCGCCAGAGCAGCCGAUCUUCGGCAAGUGCGCCGCAGCGUGCUGCCCCGGCACCAUCGCAUGGUCGGGCAGCCCCGGCAGCGGCCCCAGCUCGACAGGCUCCCCCGGCUGCGCAGCAUGCACCGCCGCCUGCUGCGGCUGCCCCUGCGGCCCCGCCGGCCGCUGCUCCUGCCGGCGGGGGCAUGAUGUCUGGACUCAUGGGUUCCAUGAUGUCGGGAAUGGCCGCUGGCACUGGCAUGGCGGUCGCCAACCGAGCUGUGGACGCUGUCAUGGGCCCGCGUCAGACCGAGGUGGUCCAUCGCCAUGAGGGCGCGCCUGCUGCGCCUGCUGCUUCUAGCCAGCCAACAUGCCAGUUCCAGCAGGACCAGCUGAGUCAGUGCAUGAAGUCUUCCAGCGAUGCGUCGUCCUGCCAGUCCUUCAUGGAUUCACUGAAGGCUUGCCAGCAGGGCCAGUGAGUGAGCCGUGACGCCCCUCGUUGGCUACUGCAUCAAGCUGCACCAGCAAGGCUAUUGAACAGCCCGGCAGUCAUUUUGCGGUAGCAGCGAGUGCAGCAGAAACGCAACAUGAAUUCUGGAGAAAGGAUUGGGCAGCAAGGCAGAGCUUGGAAUCAAUAUGGUC